AUGGUUGUGUGCCUGUCGAUUCUUACUGCUAUUGCAGCCUGUCGCCCGCCUCUUGCCCUCUCUCCUGAUGAUGGACCACCAUGCCGGUUCUCGCCCGUCUGGAAGUAUGACAACCGGGUCUCUCCUGGGCCCACGAGAAUGGCUUUGUUCCCCAUCGAUUUUUCUGGUUCCAAGCAAUUGGCGAAUGAGCCUUCUAUGGUCCUCGCGGAUCUCUUCAACUCUGACCUGGCCCAUGCUGAGUUUAGACUGUUUCUGGCGUCUUUGACUUUUGCCCCUUAA